UUUAUCUAUGGUCAAAACUAAACUGUCACAUAUGUUCAAAAAUUUUGGGUUGAUUGAGUUUCAAAAGAUAAAAAAUGGAUAUGGAUAUAGCUGAAUUAGUCAAGGAAAAAAUAACAUUUGGUGAACAAUUAGUGGAAAGGACGAAAAUAUACAAAAAAUUGGAAGGCAUGCCUAAACUUCAACGUAAUCUGAAACAAGAAAUAAAGUUUCUGGCAAAAGUUCUUGAAAAUAGGUCAUACAAGAAAGAACACUUACAAUGUUCAAAUUUAUCUCAUUUCACUGCAGUAUUAAACGUUUUAGAUAAUUCAAAAGAUAGUAUUUGUGUGAUGAAAACUUUCAAAUCAAAUGCAACAAGAAAUGUUACUGUUGACAUAGUUUGUGAAAAUGGAUUGAAAUGGGUGAAAGUGGUAGCAAGAAAUCCCAAAUCCUUGAGUCAAAUUUCAAUGGGGGACACAUCUUAUGGUGGUCGAAGUGUUAUAGAUAAAGCUAGGGAGUUUGUGGCAGUUUCAAAACAAUUUCCUGUUCUCUUUCAAACACCUACUGUAAUCUUUUCAUUUGCAAAUGGUGUUGGAAAAAACUUAGCCGCUGCUAUUGAAUCUUAUGGUGUCAUAGUGGAAGGAGAGAGAAUUGAAGAUGAUUUCUUUUGUUCUGAGGAGUUAGAAGAUAACUACUCAGAAGAAAAUGGAAAUAUCAAUAUUUCCUCACUUUCUACAGAAAAUGCUGAUGAAAUUAAAAAAAUUAAUUUAGAUGUAUCGGCAAUGCUGGCUUAUUGUAGUUCAGUUACCAAUGGAAGCGCAGGAUUAUUCAAGUUUGAUGUACCUAUACUUUCUCAAUUAGCAAUUUGUGAAUUGCAGAGACCACAAAAACCAAUAUUAGAUAAAUUUUUCAAAGAAAAAACCUUAUAUUGUUGCCAAACAGCAUAUGACAGCUUUCAUGAUAUAAUUAAUACCAUUGGAGGUCCUCAAGAGAAGGUUAGAGCUGAAGAAUUAAUGAAACGUGUGAAAGUAUUACCGGACAAUGCAUCCAUAAAGGAUGAAGAUCUAUAUACAAAUGAAUUUUUCAAUAAUAUUCAGUAUAGACCAGAUAAAGAAAUUAAAAUAGGUGGGCAAAUAACUGAAAGAUCCCUAAAAGUGUUCAGGUUUGGAGAUCUCAUAAGGGCUGUUACAGUAUCUGCAAAUGCAGGGUUUGUUAGAGCGGCAAAGCAACAGGGUGUGAAUUUUGUCGUGUUUCUUCAUGAAUCAAGAGCCUUAACAGAACAAAAAGAGUUAGUGAAAGGAAACCCAAUAUAAUGUGAUAUACAUAUUGAUAAUAUAUUUGUUAAAUUAAUUUUUUUGUAACUUUAUCAUUAAUCAUUUAUGCAUUUUAAUAA